UGUACAGCUGAGGACGUAGCACUUAUGGCUUCUGUUGCUCGAGACAUCUGUCCGUUUCCAAACUACAACCCCAGCCCUCAUUUCAUCAACAUGCUGUCCAUCAACUCGUCACAUCACCUGAGGAACCACUACGCAGCAGUGCAGAGCUCCUUGACACCGACGCAGCUGGAGGAAUUCAGUCAGAGCCUGAGAACCACCUUCGGCAGGGAGGGCAGGGUCACUCUUGGUGGUGUCGGGGUCGUGGCCCUGUCGCUGGCUAUUCUGUUUGAUACUCUCGCUAAACAGGUCAAGGGAGAAUUUGUGCCAGAUUCGGGACCUAUUCCCAAUUUGUUUCUCAAAAACCCGGGAGGGUACUACCCACCGAAUGUCUUCAGAGCCAGUAACUACCUGAGGCUGGUGCCCUACAUUGCCAAUAACCCUGAAAGAAUGAGAGCAGAGACAGAGAGGUACUUCGAGCCAAUCGAUGAUGACAGAGAGAGUGAGGAGGGAUUCGAGACACAUAAAGACAUCACAAAAGUCAAUGAGGUAGUUGGGUAUCUCAUUUUCGAACAUGUGAAAAAUCAUCUUCUACGUAUCAUCAAGUCCAAACAGCUUGAUGAAAUGGAGAGUGGAGGGCAUAAGGAAAUGAAAGAAAAUGCAGCCACUCAGGGAAACUCAACUGAAACUGCUCAUGGUGGUAAAUCCAGAAAAAGACGCAUUGCUUCUCCUGAUGAUCCUACCUUUACUCUGAACUGUGAUCCAGAAGCAGCCAGCAAAAUAUUUUUGACUGAAGUGUUGAAGUCAAAUGACACUCAAGAAGCUUAUGAAAACUGUCAGGAUCGCUUGGGAACCUCACGGACGUGGUUACAUUACAUUGCAGGAGAGCUCUUGACGGAUUUUUUCUUAAGGGAAGCCUCUGGUUUUGGACGAAAAGCAGAUGCACUGAGAGCUCAGAGAGAAGACUUCGACCUGAGGGCCAAUUCACUUUUAAAGUGGAAAGAGUAGCUCACUCUACACAUGGCUAAUGAAAUUUA